AUGCGGAAAAUUGGCAUACAAACAAACAACAACAACAAACAUGUGUCUUUAACAAAUGGAAAAUGUGAAAAAACAUAUGAAAUGUGCGAAGGAUGCGGUCAAAAAAUUCACGAUAGGUACCUUAUGAGAGUUGGUGACACGAGUUGGCACGAACAUUGUCUUUCGUGUAACGUUUGCGGAGUCCUUUUAUCACAUAGUUGUUAUACAAGAUCCGGAAAAUUAUAUUGUAAACAAGAUUACGAUAGAAUAUUCGGAGUGAAAUGUUCGAGGUGCGGGGAUAGAAUAUUACCACACGAACUCGUUAUGAGAGCUCAACAUUUAGUUUUUCAUCUUCAAUGUUUUUGUUGCAUAGCAUGCGGACAACAUUUGCAAAAGGGUGAACAAUUUGUUUUAAAAGCGGGACAAUUGUUUUGUCGUCCGGAUUUCGAAAAGGAAAUUUAUUUAUUACACAGUCCCACAGGUGAAGAUUUAGAUUUAGAUGAUGGUAUAAGGCAUAGAGAUGGAAGAAGAGGACCUAAAAGACCUCGUACGAUACUAACAUCAGCACAGAGAAGACAAUUUAAAGCAUCUUUCGAAGUGAGCCCGAAACCUUGUAGAAAAGUUCGCGAAGCAUUGGCUAAAGAAACCGGUUUAAGUGUGAGAGUGGUACAAGUUUGGUUUCAAAAUCAAAGAGCCAAAGUUAAAAAAAUACAAAGGAAAGCCAAACAAGAACAGGAUAAAGGUUUAGAUAAAGAUAAAGAUGAGAAAAGUAUAAAAGUUGAAAGUCCGGACAGUGAUCAAGUUCACUAUUUGGGAUUAAGUGGAUUGAAUUAUCAAGAUAAUGAUACAACCACUGCAUCCAGCGCACAAUCAUCCGUGAAUCCCAUUAUCCCUUUUUCUCCAGAAGAUAAUUAUCACACGAAUUCAAACGACAGUUUUUGCAGUAGUGAUAUUUCCUUAGAUGGUAGCACACAAUUUGAAGGUUUAGACGAAGGAGGAUCUGAUAGUUUAUCAGUACAAAACAUGGAACAACAUGGUCAUACUCAAUCAUCUCAUCUUCUCCAUCAUCAUUCGCAUCAUCAUCAUCAUCAUCAUCAUUAUAAUCAUUCGCAACAUGGACCCAACAUUCAAAUUAAUCCCAUUGAUAAACUUUAUCUUAUGCAAAAUUCUUAUUUCAAUGCAGAACAAUAG